AUGCAACUCCACAAAUGGGUUUCAAACCAUCCUGAAUUAUUAGGGAAUAAUCAAAACUUAAAUUUUGAAUUCCCAGACUUAACAACAGUUAAAACGCUCGGAAUGCAAUGGCGUCCCACAUCAGACAUUUUCACGUUUGAAGUGACUGUCAGUUUGAAUAACAAUUACUCAAAACGGGAAGUCCUUUCAGUCAUAGCAAGACUGUUUGAUCCUUUGGGUAUUAUCAGUCCAAUUGUAACUAUCGCUAAGAUAUUUCUUCAGAGACUUUGGCAACAAAAGCUAAAUUGGAAUGACACUAUUCCACAAAACGAUUUGAAUGACUGGUUAAAAUUCUUAAAAGACUUACCGGCAGUGAACCAGUUAAAAAUUCAAAGAUGUGUUAUCAUCAAGAAUCCCACCACCAUAGACCUACAUUGCUUCUGUGAUGCCUCAAAUAAAACCUACGGUGCAGUCAUCUAUGUGUGCUCAAAAAAUAAAUCCGGUGAAGUGAAAACAAGUCUUUUGUGUAGCAAAUCGCGAGUGUGUCCAAUCAAGGAAUCAACAACACCUCGUCUGGAGCUGUCAGCAGCACUACUUUUGGCACGACUUGCAUCAAAGGUGAUUUCGAUCUUACCUGUGACAAUAAAUCACUUCUAUAUGUGGUCAGAUUCUACAAUCACCUUAGCCUGGAUAAAAACUCCCCCAGAAAAAUUGAAACCAUUUGUUUCCAAUCGUGUUAGAAAAAUUAACAGUUUGUGUCCAAAUUAUGACUGGAGACAUAUUAAAUCUAUAGACAAUCCAGCAGACUUAAUCUCCAGGGGAACGUCUGCAACAAAUUUGAUAAACAGUCAAAUUUGGUUCAAUGGGCCCCAAUUUCUACAGUCUGAAAUUCCCCAUAAAAAGGAUGCUAUAGAUUGUGGUCGUUUGCAAAAGUCUACAUUAACUCAAAAUGAAAAGCAUCCUAAGUUUCUUCCUGCUCAUCAUAGACUUACAAAAAUAAUUAUGAAAUCUUUUCACAAACGGUAUUUACAUGUAGGUUCCCAAAUCUUACUCCAUCUUAUCAGACAGGAAUUUUGGCCAGUUGGAGGAAGAAAUUUGGCUAGAAAAAUAGUUAAUGAAUGCAUUGUUUGCUUCAAAAAUAAACCAUUUGCUAAGAAUAAUGUAAAUCUUACUUAUAUGGUUGUAAUCGAGGAUCCAGACUUGCCUCCAUCUAAAUAG